ACAUCACUAUAUUUUAGUACUAUUUAUGUAAAUUCAACAUUCAAAUGUACGCUGUGCUAUUCUAAAAAAAAUUUUACUCCUUAGCCCGUAUAGUAUUGACUAUUGAGAUGCCGCCUCACUCAUACACCGCAGUAGCGUGCGCUCUUCGCUAUCGUGCGCCAUUCAAGCCGCAUCGUUUCGCCGUCACCGACCACCACCGCCAUCUCCUCCGUCAUCCGAAGCCUCGCCUUCCUCCCGUAGCCCACGUCUCUUCCUUCUCCUUCUUUCCGGCUCCCAGCCUCUACACGGGGAGCUCUCUCUUCCCUGCCAUGGAGCGAUUUUGUAGUGGAAGCACUUUGAAUGGAAAUGAUAGAAUGAUUAUUCGGUUGAAGAGUAUUGGUGUGAUCAAUUCAGAGUCCGUAGCCGAAGUGAUGCGAAGUAUUGAUAGGGCUUUGUUUGUGCCCAAGGACACACCACCUUACGAUGACAGCCCAAUGAGUAUAGGUUUCAAUGUCACUAUCUCAGCACCUCAUAUGCAUGCGAUGUGUCUCGAAUUAUUGAAAGAUAGAUUGCAACCGGGCAUGCAUGCCUUGGAUAUUGGUUCAGGAACUGGGUAUCUCACAGCAUGUUUCGCUCAAAUGGUUGGACCACAAGGUCGGGCAGUUGGUGUGGAACAUAUCCCUGAGUUGGUUGCCUUGUCUGUACAGAAUGUUGAGAAAAGUGCUGCUGCUCCAUUACUGAAACAAGGAUCCCUCUCACUGCAUGUUGGUGAUGGAAGGGAUGGUUGGCCAGAGGAGGCGCCCUACGAUGCCAUCCACGUGGGUGCAGCAGCAGGCGACAUACCAAAACCGCUCAUCGAUCAGCUGAAACCAGGUGGGAGAUUGGUCAUUCCCGUGGGGUCUGUUUUCCAGGAGUUGAUGGUUGUGGACAAGGAUCCAGAUGGCCACAUCAGCGAGCAUCGGGAGACUAGUGUCAGAUACGUUCCGCUUACCAGCCGAGAAGCUCAGUUAAGGCGCCAGCUGUAAUAAGACCACUCGCGAACCCCUUCUCUACCCUUUGGCUUUUCGGUACGUCUUUUAGCUUCAUAUGGGUUUUAAGCUAUGAUAACCUCUGCUCUAUGGAUGUAUAUAAAAUAUCAUUACCAGUUUACCAAAAUAUGAUAUAUAUACGUAGAGUGCCUUAUAGUAGUACUUUACCAAACGUUGUGCUAUCUGUUUUCCGUGGAUGAUUUGCUAUAUACUCCCUCCGUCCCAAAUUAUAAUGCAUGUUUACUAUUUACAGGGUCAAACUUCAUUCACUUUCUUUCUCUAUUUUCGUUAGCAAAUUGAUAAAAUAAAAUAUUGUUGUCACU